AUGAGCUCCAGGACACUGACCAAUGUUGUGAACGACCAAACGGUUGCCCUCAAUGCCCUCAUCUAUGGAUACGCCGGCCACAGCUUGGUCACCCCUCAGCAUGCCCUCCAACAAAUAUGGUGGACCGAGGAGAGGAUUAAUGAGCGAGUCACCAAUGACUUUGUCACUUCUCGGCUACAGCCUCAAGAGAGGGAACGUCUUACCCAGCCUGUAGGCUUUGGUGAUCUGAGCGACGAUACGUAUAUCGAAUGGAUCAUGGAGAAGGCACGGCGGCUAUUUCUGAUACUUGUCGAGAUUGGCGAGGCAGACCGCAUAUUUGCUGUUGUCGACAAAUCUUGGGACGAUGAUGACCUCCCCCUUGGGAUGGAAGAUAUUGAGCAGCUAUCGUUAUCGAAUCGACGCGACAACCACGCCAAUGCUCGCUUUUACCACACCCAAUUCACUUUCUUGCUACGAGAGUUACGGCAAGGCGUACACAUCGAUUAUGCCGAAAACGAAGAGGUACCGAUCGAGAGUGUCAUGACCUUGCCAGUCGCGGUCAGCCUGCAAGCUUGGUCUCGAAUACACUUGCCAAAGAAGCCAAAGGAAAUCUACAUGCGUCGGAAAUUUCCGCUUGGGAAUGCGGAGGACCCAGAGGCUUUCCGUCAAGACUUUAUCCUAGACGUGGAGAGUGCACGAAUGGUUGAGCACGAGCAUCUCGCUCCUGUCUGGGCGUCAUACACGGCAAAGGGCUCUGGCUACAUUGUCAGUAACUUUGUCGGUCACCACACUUUGCGCACCUUCAUCGACCAUCGUAAUCCUGCGCAAUAUCAGAAACUACCGAAGCCUGAGAGACGGUGGUUGGUGCUCAACUGGCUACACUGUUUGGCCGAUACCAUUGCAACACUGCAUCAGAAUGGGUUUUGCCAUUCCGCGAUCCGGCCGUCCCGGAUACUCGUCGACGAGCAGAACGCGAUCGCAUUCAGUGACAUUGGCAGCUUGGAGACGUUUCAGAAAGACAAGAAGCCUGAUGCCAUGGAUGCCUACAUAUACGACGCCCCAGAAACACAUACAAGUUCAGAGCCAGCGGACUUGCCUUCCUCCGUCGCAGCACCUACCCCACCCAAAGACCGACACGGGUCUAUCGCAAGUAAAAGCUCAUCGGGAUCCUCGAACAGUAGCAGUUCGCAUCGUCAGAAGCUAACAAAAUCGCCAACAACCGACUUUUCAGGGUUCAAUUUUGGGUUCAAGAAAUCAGAGCCUAAACCUCAGCACCGACCACAAGGGCAAGAAACCGAAAAAGCAGAUGUCUUUUCUCUAGGCUGUGUUUUCUUGGAGAUUCUCACCUUCUUGCUCAAGAAGAAAUCCCAUGAUUUCAUCAAGCACCGUACAUCGAAACAAAGAAUCAACACGGGCGGCAAGAACUCGCGUACUGAUUCAUCGUAUCACAAGAACCUUGACAAGGUCGAAACCUGGAUGGCCGUGCUAGAGAAAGCAUCUCGCGAAAGCGAUGACGAGGCAUUUGGCACAGUUCCCGACAUUUUGGCCCUUAUCCGAACUAUGCUGAGCAAAAACCCCAUGCUUCGCCCAACGGCACGCGACGUGCGCGAUGAAUUGUUUGAGAUUUUCAGCUGUACCUCGAUGCCCAACAUACACUGUGGGGCGCACACACAUGACGUUGGUGUCGCAUCAUCUUCGCGUUCGGAUCGCGAUAGAUCGUCCAGUAUAGCGUCACUUCGAACGAUGUCGACGAUAAGUUCGACGUGCUCGGAUGUAGACACAAUACGCUCUGGCAUAACGCAGGUGAAUUCCAUCUUGAACUACUACUCGGACCGAGCCACAUUAUCUGGAAUCAAAGAGGAUGACAGCGCUUCCUUAGAGACGAUAGACACACCGUCCAUAUCGUUGAACAAUGAUAACUUUCAUGCGCUGUGUGGACCAGGACCCAUUGUAACAAAGUCUGUCAAAAUACCUGAACCACUACAGUCUACUGGUUAUGCCACCUCGCCCGCCUCGCCUACCUUGCCUCUUUCGCCUAUUCUGCCUGCUUCGCCUACUUCGCCUACUUCGCCCACUGGUCCUUCUUCGCUCCUGUCUGCGCGUUCUCCUAGUCCAUCAAAGCAAAAGACCACGACUGUCAAGAUCAAGCCAUGGAACAAACCAUUUCUUUUGCUUCCAUGA